CCCCACAGUCAUACCGAGUAUGAGUCACACAACGUUUUGAGACCGACACCAGAUCGAACGAAAUAUUGCAUUGUACAUUCUGGUGAAGGAUAGAUCGGUUAGAAGUAGGUGCAGCGGUGUGACUGAGGCGGACUGAGGUCACCAUUAGUCAUGUCAAGGUAUUGUUUCCCGGUUGUUAUCUCAUUCGCGAACCAGUAGUACACAACACCGGACGUAUUCUAAAACUGGACGUAGAAUAUAUAGAGAUCAUUUGGUGUUUCCUACACAGCUACAAGCAGGUUUUAUAUGUUACCGUUUUACAGUGAUCGACAAAACUAACUGGAAUCGGCGGCUGAUAAUUAUAAUGAAUGCAUGCAUCCUGCAUUACGGAGAUCUCAUGCACUGAUGCCUGGAACUAAAUUAUUAUACUCUCUUUCUUCUCCGUCGUUGGGCAGUGCAUCAACAUCCAUAGCUAUUCUGCACCAAAUAUUGUAAGCUCGAAGAAAGAUCACAGACGACAUAUUCAAGAUGUAUAGCUUUUAUUCUCUCGCACUCCUCGGCUCAAUUUGCCUCCUGGAACUCGUCACUCUGUCGUAUGGUCAAACGCCCAGUGGAGAGAAUGAAGACAGGCCCACCAGGAAAAGACCAAUCCUAAGAAAAAUCAUUAUUGUGGUCGGUCUUGCGAUAGGUUUUGCAUUUCUAUGCUGGGCUACACAUAAAGCCUACAAGGCCUGUCGAGCAAGGUCCCAGAAGCGUCGCCGGCUGAUAGAGCGCAAGGAACUUGAUGCCAAUUUGGAAGAUCUCGAAAAGCAGGAGUUGAACUCCAAUAAUAUGUCAAUCCAAGGCGGAGGUCAGGCGUUGGAUUCAGCAGAUUCGGCCAAGGGCAAAUACAUGCCAUUGAACAACGCUAGCCCGGAAGAAGAGCCGUUGAUGACUCCCGAGAAGACGCCCCAGUAUGUAUUAGAAAGUGACUCUAAAACCAAAGAGAACGGAGAGUCAUCGACGCUGCUCUUGAGUGAUGUUUCAUUAGAUGAUUUAGAUCCACCAGGGGAUCAGAAGUUGAAUUUGACUGGACAAGGAGUUGGAGAAAAUGGUAUUGAUCCAUCGGCUCCGCCAAAGGAAGAAGGAGAAACGAACGCUUAGUGACGAAGACAGUUGCCAUAAUAUUCGAAGUAAAAGAGAUGCAUUACCAUUUACAAAUGGUUAUGUGAUAAAGAGAGAGAGAGUCCGAUUCACUCGGUCGAUCCAGCCGAAUUCUAUUCGAUGGACUUGCGAAGUGCAUGGACACAGUUCUCCUGACUUUAUUUGGUCAUGCCAUACCAUGUCACAUCACUUGAAUCUGAUCUGUUAACUGCAACUUAUCUUUGAUUUAGUAACGUUGGUUUAACUCUUUAUUCCCUUAAGUUCCAUUAUUAAUCAUGUUAUCAUUAAAACUGCCAAAAUGGUGACAAUGUCGCCACACAAACUGUGAGUAAAGAGCAGACUUGGAAAACUUUAUUUUGUUCAGACAGGAGACAAAGAUGUCAUACACAAAAUGUGGCUAAAGAGCGACAAUUGACAAUGUGAACACACUGGUAUUCAUGCCGUUUUCAUACUGUGUUCCACACGUGUAACCCAAUGUGAAAGAAGAAGAACACAGUGUAGGGCAGUGUGUGGAAGACACACUGCUCAAACUGCACUUUGUCCUCACAAUAUGAAAACGGUGUGAACAAAGUGUCAAUCACAUGUUGGAACAUGUGUGCAAACGUCUUCAGUUUUCUACUAAACUGUGCUCUUCACUUUGUCACACAAACAUGAAAACAAGAUGUGAACGUGUAACAGCAGCUUGAAAACAAUAUUUUCACAACAUGUUUAGGCUGUUUUCACAUUCUUUUGACAAAGGGUGGAGCAUAUUUUGGAAUUAACUUUAGUCUGAAGUCUGAACACACCGUGGGUCACACAUUGGUAGGCCUACCAGUGUGCACAAAAUACAAGACACAGUGUGGAAACAGCCUGAAAACACUCUGCGCACAGUGUAUGCAAGCCGUUUUCCACACACUCCGUUCCUUCCAAUGUUACACAGUGUGGUAGCAGGUGAACACAGCGUAUAUUAAAUACAGUUUAAAAGCAGCCUGUUACCACUGUUUUCAAACCAUAUACAGUGUGUUCAAGAAACUCUGAACAGUGUGAAGAAAAUAAAGAAUGGAAGCAGGGUAAACAUAUACUGUUGUCGGAUUAUGUUCCAGAUGUUUUGACACUGUGCUCUACAUUUUUUCCAAACAAUGUUCAACAGUAUGAACACAAUGUAGACGACAUGUAAGCUGCCUGAACACACCUAUCUCCACACUGAUUGUGCACUGCACCUUUUCCAUAGAAUACGAAACCUGUGAACAAAGUGAAGAGCAUAGUUUUAUGUAUCUUUAUUAUGAUAGGCCUAUAUAUCUAAUAUAUAUUAUUGCAAGAAAAAUUGGACAGUUAUGAAUUUUGGGCGUAUCACUAUGGGGACACAUGCAUGACCGUUAUAACUUGACAGUGUGCACCUAUUUGAUUUGCAGAACUUUGCAAUAGAAUAUUUUCGAAUAGAAGUUGUAUCAAUGAAGCCUAUAUAGUCAUUUUUAUGAUUUUAGCCGACGGUCACAAUAUCGAAUCUUAAUCUUAUCAUCUUGAAAAAUUCAAUUAAAUGUCAUAAUUUUAAUCUAGGCUUUGAAAAACACAUGCUAUGUACAUUCCAUUCUUGUUUCGUGUGCAUUCCUAACCUGUCAGAAAAUAUAUCGUUUAUUUUAAUAAUUUCUUAAUCUUCUGUCACAACCUAUGUUCGCAAUGUCAUGAUACCCACCGAAUGAUUUUUGUAUCUAUCUUGAAUGUGUACUUUUAAUUAUUGUCAGAAAUGGCAGUUGUGAUUGCCUAAGAAACUUUCAUCAAAUACUUAUUGCGAAUAAUUAUUGCCUAAUUUUUAUAUUUGUAUAUAUUUUGAAUGUUAAAUAUAGAAUUUAUCAAUAUUUGAAAA